AUGACUAGUCCUACUACUUCCUCACCAACUGGGCGGUGUUCGGGCGAUUUCUGCGUCGCUGACAGGAAGGUGUUCCCCAGCCUUCUUCCAUCUGGCCAGAUAACUACCGAGUCCUUCAGUUUCACUGACCAUGGUGUAUGGUAUCUAGCUGGCUACUCUAGUGAUGAUGGUAUCCGUAUGCUUUGGAGACUCGAAUGCAACCAAUGGUUACCUGUUGCUGAGAAGGCUCUCUCUAAUAUCGAGGCUUCGGGCAACGAUAUGUUCGUGUUCGGCAUCAGCGAGGGUGACGUUGUCGUUUUCGAUCCGGAGAGUUACAAUGCUUAUCGUACAAUAGCUCUGGCGGAUCCUUCUAAGGAAUACACGGGAGUCACCUUUGAUCGAGACUCGAAUAUUCUAUAUGUAACUGAGAAGGCUACUGGUCGGAUUGCUCGGUUCAUAGGUCAGGGGGGGAGUGUGGACUCCAAUUGA